GCUUCUUCAACAACUGCAGCCACCUCGAUAGCUCGCCAAAUAACGAAGUCGGAACAUUCAAGUUCUUUAGACAAUUUCGUGGUUUAUUUGCCAAUAUGAUUUAAACAUACUUAUGUGGAAACAACUAGCUACCUCAUUUAAUUUAAUAUUUACGUUGUAAGUCAACUAGCUGGCUGGUUAAAUUAGCACUAGUCUGGUAACUAAUGCUAGCUAGCUAACAUCUCCGACCAUGAGGUCACUAAGCUACUCUCCUGAUAAAGAAGAGGGGGUCUGCUGGACGGAGAAAGAAGCUAUCGUUAAAGAGGAGGAGGAAGAGGAGGCUGUUACAAUACAAAAACAAGUAGAUGGUGAGGCUGUUACCGUGAAAGAAGAAAAGAAAGGCGUUACAGUGAAAGAAGAGGAAGACGCGUUCAGAGUGAAAGAGGAGGAUGUUACAGUAAAAGACGAGGAGGAAGAGAAAGACGCGUUCAGAGUGAAAGAGGAGGAGGAAGAUGCCGUUUUGGGAGUGGAGGAUGAAGAGGGGGAGAUUACUGUCACAUUGGAGGAGGACGAAGAAGAGAAGACUGGAGAUCUGAUUAACACCAGUAAAUACAGAGAGAGACGUGACUAUCGUGGAUCAUCUGGGGAGCCUCAACAACAUCAUGAUGCUGACGAGGCAGAGAAGACUCUCUCCAGAUCUGAACUCCUCAAGAAACACCAGCAGAGACCCACAGGGAAGAAAUCUAUCUACUGCUCUGACUGUGGGAAACAUUGCAAAUCUUCAUCAAAACUUAAAAUACACCAGCGAGUACACACAGGAGAGAAACCUUAUAGUUGUGAUCAGUGUGGCAAGAGUUUUACGAAGUCAAACAACCUGGUAUCACACCAGAGAACACACACAGGAGAGCAGCCAUAUAGCUGUAAGCAAUGUGGGAGGAGUUUUUCUCAGUCAAACAGCCUGGAUAGACACCAAAGAACACACACAGGAGAGAAGCCUUAUAGCUGUGAUCAGUGUGGGAAGAGUUUUACUCAGUCAAGCAACCUGGUAUCACACCAGAGAACACACACAGGAGAGCAGUCAUAUAGCUGAGAGCAAUGUGACAAGAGAUACUCUCAUUCAAGUGAUCUGAUUAAAUAUCAGAAAAUAUGUGCAGGAGAUCCACAGAGUGUAGAAUGAUCUCCAACACCAGACCUGGGUAGUAGAACACAGUGUGGAAUGAUCUCCAACACCAGACCUGGGUAGUAGAACCCAGAGUGUGGAAUGAUCUCCAACACCAGACCUGGGUAGUAGAACACAGUGUGUAGAAUGACCAACACCAGACCUAUAUACGUCAAAUCACACUUUAUUUGUCACACACUUGUUUAGUUAGCAAUGUUAUUGCGGGUGUAGCAAAAUGCUUGUGUUUCUAGCUCCAACAGUCCAGUAAUACCUAACAAGUAAUAUCUAACAAUACACACAAUCUAAAGGAAUGGAAUUAAGAAUAUAUAAAUAUUUGGACGAGUGAUGUCAGAGCGGCAUAGACUAAGAUACAAUAGUAUAGGGUAGAAUACAGUAUAUACAUAUGAGAUGAGUAAUACAUAGACUAAGAUACAGUAGAAUAGGAUAGAAUACAGUAUAUACAUAUGAGAUGAGUAAUACAUAGACUAAGAUACAGUAGAAUAGGAUAGAAUACCGUAUAUACAUAUGAGAUGAGUAAUACAUAGACUAAGAUACAGUGGAAUAGGAUAGGAUACAGUAUAUUCAUAUGGGAUGAGUAAUACAUAGACUAAGAUACGGUAGAAUAGGAUAGAAUACAGUAUAUUCAUAUGAGAUGAGUAAUGCCAGAUGUGUAAACCUUUAUUAAAGUGACUAGUGUUCCAUUCCUUAAAGUGGCCAAUGAUUUCAAGUCUGUGUAUGUAGGCAGCAGCCUCUGUGUUAGUGACGGCUAUUUAACAGUCUGAUGGCCUUGAGAUUGAAAAUGCACCUGUACUGACCUCGCAUUCUGGAUGAUAGUGGGGUGAACAGGCAGUAGCUCAGGUAAUAACAAAGAACAAAUGUGUGUGCCUGAGGGGAAAUGAACUUUUAUACAUCCAAAAGGGGUGAGAAAUUACACCAAUAUCAGUGGACAAUUUGCACUAAUGUAAAUUAACAUCGAUGAUGGAACAUAUUCCCUUUUGCUGACGUGAUGAACCACUAAGGGGACAUAAAUAUUUACCAUCUAAAGCAUGUGUGACCUCUCACCUCUCUGGCUGUAGAAGUGUUCUUCCUAACCAGGAGAGGAAGGCUGAAGAGGGAUGGAAAGGAUGAAUGGAUCAGUCAGUCAAUAAAGGGUAGAGCUGCUGUCUGACAAAAUCACUAUUUUAGUAGUUCAUUAAAGUGAAUUAGGCUUUAUGACUGAUGAAUACCAACGAUCAAUCACUUAGAUCAUGUAUUUUCAGGUAGAGAUACAUCCUUGGGACGUCCUUAGCCCUUUGAAGUUGACAUUUAAAAUCGUUAGGUAGGGGUUACGGUUGGGGUUUAGGGUAGGGAUGUCCUAACGACCCCGGAUAGCAUUGACCAUUGUGCAUUCUUCGGUCUCUUUUACAUAGCCGGUGUAAAAUAAACAGACAAGACCAGUAGA